AUGGAUCAGUCCAUCAUUCGAAUCUCCAAGCUGCUCACCACCACAGCCAUUGCAGUUGCCUGCCGUGAUGUCGACGUUCGCAAUGUCAGGGCCCUGAUCAUGGGCCCACACGAGACGCCGUAUGAGUUUGGUUUCUUCGAGGUAAGCUUACGGCAGUACCAAGAUUACCCUUCAAAAUCACCCAGUGUCCAGUGCCUCACCACCAACGGAGGGCGUUGCCGGUUCAACCCCAACAUUUACUCGACGGGCAAAGUUUGUCUCACAUGGAGAGGUGAGCGCGGUGAAGAGUGGUCAUCAGCACAAGGCUUGGAGUCGAUCCUGUUAUCAAUACAGAGUCUGAUGUCAGCCAAUCCUUAUGAAAACGAGCCUGGUUUCGAAGACGCAAAUGGAGAGGCGGAUAAGAAGUUGCAGCAGCACUACAUUCAAAAGAUACGUCACGAAACCUUGAGAAUCUCUGUUAUCCAGCGUCUCGAAGGCUACCUAGGAUUGCAAAGCUAUGCUGCCAACACGCUCUUCACCCCCCUCAGAUCCGGCGAUUUGGACAAGGAAGACUUGGACGAAGCCAAUGUACCCUUUGAGCCAUUCAAGGAUCUCUGCAAACGUCGUUUUCUUUGGUACUACGACUCAUAUAUGGCUAGCGUGGCGCGAGGCAAAUCGGAGGUGGCAGAUCUGUCGCCGUUUGUCAAGAUGCCCUUUGAGACCCCCAACUCCAACUCGAUGGAUGGUCGCUUCAACUAUACGGAGCUUGAGGGUAGGCUCAAGGCCAUCAAAGAAGCGCUUGACCAAGAAACAGCACGCUGGGCUGAAGAAGGCCUCGCGUCCAAGGCAGGAGAGUCGACAGUUGCCGUCAAUUUGCAGCAUCAAUUUGACCAAGUGUCGACCUACCUGAAACAGGGCGAUAUGCCUCAUAGCGUGGUUCUCGAGAACGGAAAUCCUUUCGUCUGGUUGAUUACUUACUUUGGAAGGCCCAUGACGAACCUCGACGGCGGACUCUUUCGCAUCAGAAUGCACUUUAGCACUCGUUUCCCAGACGAACAACCGCGCGUUAAGUUUGAGACCAAGAUCUUCCAUCACCAUAUCGCAUCCGAUGGAACGGCAUGCUACACCCCCAAUCCUAUGAAGCUAGAGGACGUCAAGUCUCACAUCGAUGCCAUCUUUGGUGUGCUUGAAGAAGAGGAGCCUGCAUACGACCCGAGAAAGAUUGUCAACCCUGAAGCCACCAAGAUGUUCUGGGGGAACAAGCCCGAGGACAAGAAACAGUACAAUCGCCGCCUGCGUAGAUCAGUGCAGCAGAGCAUGGAGUAA